UCUGAAACAGUAAAAGAGACAUGGCUAGAGAUGGCGAGGGACGCAGCCAGACACCAACCACGGCUGCUGCGGGGGCAAUUUUAAAGGAACCGGGGGUCUUAUAAUUAUAAAGAGGAAAGGGAAGAGAGAAGGAAACAGUGGGUGGAGGGACAGUGUUUCCAAAGCAGCUCAAACAUUUUUAAAUUAAUUUUUAAGAAAGCAAAGAACGAGAAAGGGAGGUGGGGGCGAGAGAGAAGGAGGGAGAGACAAACACAACGAAACAACCCGCAUCCACCAGAUGUGAAGACUUCCUACACCGUUCUCAUUGCCCGGCCAGAUAGAUGUUUUGUCCGCCGGGUCGCACGAAUCACAAUGAACGCACAGCUGACGAUGGAGGCGAUUGGCGAUCUUCACGGGGUGAGCCAUGAGCCGGUGCCCGCCACAGCCGACCUGAUGAGCAGCAGCCCCCACCACCGCAGCACUGUAGCCCAUCGCAGCAGCCACUUGCCCGCUCACCCCCGCUCCAUGGGCAUGGCGUCCAUCCUGGACAGCGGCGGGGACUACCACCACCACCACCGACCCCCCGAACACGCCCUGGCGGGGCCCCUGCACCCUACCAUGACCAUGGCGUGCGAGACCCCUCCAGGUAUGAGCAUGACCAGCACUUAUACCACGUUAACCCCUUUGCAGCCUCUACCUCCCAUCUCGACCGUCUCGGACAAGUUCCCACACCACCAUCACCACCACCACCACCACCACCACCCUCAUCACCACCAGCGGAUCGCCGGCAAUGUGAGCGGUAGCUUCACUCUCAUGCGGGACGAGCGGGGACUAGCAUCCAUGAAUAACCUCUACACCCCCUACCACAAGGACGUACCCGGCAUGGGCCAGAGCCUUUCGCCCCUCUCCGGUUCUGGUUUGGGGGGCAUCCACAACUCCCAGCAAGGACUGCCCCAUUAUGCCCACCCAAGCGCCACCAUGCCCGCUGAAAAGAUGCUCACCCCCAACGGCUUCGAAGCCCACCACCCCGCCAUGCUAGCCCGGCACGGGGAACAGCAUCUCACCCCCACCUCCGCAGGCAUGGUACCCAUCAACGGCCUCCCGCACCACCCCCAUGCCCACUUAAAUGCCCAGGGUCACGGGCAAAUCCUGGGCACCGCCCGGGAACCAAACCCCUCGGUGACCGGCUCCCAGGUCAGUAAUGGAAGUAAUUCAGGGCAAAUGGAAGAAAUCAAUACCAAAGAAGUGGCGCAGCGGAUCACCACCGAGCUCAAGCGGUACAGCAUCCCUCAGGCCAUCUUCGCUCAAAGGGUGCUGUGCCGCUCGCAAGGGACCCUCUCAGACCUGCUGCGCAACCCUAAACCCUGGAGCAAACUGAAAUCCGGCCGAGAGACCUUCCGGAGAAUGUGGAAGUGGUUACAGGAGCCGGAAUUCCAGCGAAUGUCAGCGCUCCGGUUAGCAGCAUGCAAAAGGAAAGAGCAAGAACAUGGGAAGGAUAGAGGGAACACACCCAAAAAGCCUAGGUUGGUCUUCACAGAUGUCCAGCGUCGAACUCUACAUGCAAUAUUCAAAGAAAAUAAGCGUCCAUCCAAAGAAUUGCAAAUCACCAUUUCCCAGCAGCUCGGGUUGGAGCUGAGCACCGUCAGCAACUUUUUCAUGAAUGCAAGGAGGAGAAGUCUGGAUAAGUGGCAAGACGAGGGCAGCACCAAUUCAAGCAAUUCCUCUUCUUCAUCAAGCACUUGUACCAAAGCAUGAGGAAAUAACCACAAACUAAAACCUCGGUGGAAAAGCUUUAAAUAAAAAUCUAAGAAAAAAAAAAAGACCAGGACUUCAAGAUAGCAGGUUUAUACUUAGAAUUAUUUGAAAAAAAAAAGUUAUUUAUAGUCCAAAGAAACCAAAGACUGAACUCACCUGCAUCCUGACUUUGUUCUGAGACACACACUUCAGCAGGGUGAUGACUUGACAAAGGAAGUUAUGAGCAAGAGAACUGCUGGGUCUUACACCGUCCAUCCAUGAUCAUUCUCGCUGUGCUUGGCCGUUGAGUGGUUUGAAGCAUAGUGAUUUUUAGCCAUUGAAUGGACAUCUUUUCAGAUCUGACUCCUUCAUCUCUUCUACCACACCACGAAGGUGUAUGGUGUCUCAGUACUGUGUGCGCACACACCCACCCACACAUACCCACCACUAAUGGUUAGUGACUUAGGCAGGUCUGGUCUUCAGGAAGGGAUGUGCCGUGGAGUACAGCCAGCAUGGUGUGGAGUUGUCUGAGUUCAUUUGAACAGAAGUGGGAUUUCGCUCUUCUACUGUUUGAACCUGCCAGGCCUAUAACCUAAAUGCAGAUUCAAACCCAGCAAAGAAAAUUUGAAUGACUCCUAAACCAGUGCAUUCUCUUUGUUUGUUAAGGAAUGUUCAGAUAUUUUUUAAAAAAUGAAACAAGAUUCCAUCCAUUUAAAAAAAUCACCUAGGUACCAAAGAACACAUUUAAUAUUAUAGUGCAGGUAUUUUAUUGCAAUGAUUUUAAUAUUCCAAAGCUAUUUUUACACAAAAUACUAUGUAAAGUUAUACGUAUGAACUGACCUAAACUGUAUAAUACAGUACACAUAUAAUCAUGAUUGUUAUUUAGGAUUCUUGAAGCAUUUGAAACAUUAGUUUUCUGAACUGGCAAGAAAGAAUGUAGCUUCAGGGAAGCAACUAAUAUCCCAUCACAAAGGUUGAUGCCAUGAGUGUGUCCUUCCAUUCAGUUGACACAAGCCCAUUCAAGUUCCAUAACCAUCACUUGACUGGAACCCCAGACAGAGCCCAACAAUCCACUGAUAGAUAAAAAAAAAAAAGAAUCUAAUUUUAUUCCUUCCAAAUUAUUUCCCUACUGGUCAUUCUGAACCUACUCUUAACACCAUGAAAUUGUCGAAGCAGCAUCAGUAAAAUCCUUUUUUUUUUUUUGGUAGAUGCCCACAUCAUCAAAUUAGGAAAUUUGACCUAUUAUUUUGAAUCAUUAGAUGCCAAAAUGCUUUUAAAAACAAACAACCAAAAAAGACUAAAGAGAAAAAAUGGAGGCACUUAAGAAAGCUAUACAAUGGAAAACAUUUGCUAAAAAUAACCUAUCCAGUAUUUCUAACCACCUAAACAAGUGAAUCAAAAUGAUUGCACAGCCAGAUUUGGGUGUCAAGAGACAAUGGAUGAUUCAACCUUGAAUUGGGAGGAUUGUUGAUAGUGCAUAGAAAAAGGUCCAAAAGAAGAGUAGACUUUCCACUCUGUAGUUCUUAUAGUCUUUGCAUCACUAAGCACAACCUCCAUGGUGUACUACGUUCUUUCUUGCUACUACAUCAAGCUGGAUAUUGCAUGCAUAGAUUCCACUUCAUUUUAAAGGGGGCAGAUAAAAAAGAGCACUCAAUGUGACCUUCUAAACACAAGACAAAAUUUUUUCCAUUUUGCUCAACUCACAGAGCUGGGGCAAUAUACAACCAUGAGAUUUUUUUAGAUCACUAAGUAAUAAAAGAGACAACAAAAUCAGAUAAUGAUGAUGCACUGGUGGGAUACCAGUGAAUCAUUUCCUCUCCUUUAAAGAACUAUGGAGAUUCAGGUAAAAAAUUCCUUCAAUUCAAACCACAACUGCAGGUUUACCAUUUUCAUCAUUAGGCUAAAAACCGGCUCUCCCUAAUUACCUUCUGUGCUUGAAAAUAUGAAGCUAAGCAUUGUCCCAAUGACAAGUACCGCAUUCAAAUCUCAUAAAAAAUGCUAAAGAUAAGGAAAUUAAAUAGUUACAACGUACUACCUAGCUCCUUAGGACCAAAUUUGAGCAACUUCUUUAAUUAUCUGACAGAAACCUAGAAAAGGUGAAACUCAGCCACAACACAUUAAUUCCAUCCCUCCUCCUGAGAUCAAUGUUGAAUGUGAAAAAGAAACUAACACUCUUUUAUGAAAUCUCCAGUGCUGUUGCCUCAAGGUAUUUUUAUUUUAGGAUUUUCCACUUUAUCCCGAAUUACAGCUUUCUUAAAAAAAAAAAAAGGCACAACUACAGUCCAGUCAUUUAAACAAACUUUUAAAAUUAUAUACCUUCAAGUUUCCUAGAAAUUCAGUAUUGUCAAUUCAGCAUGAAUCAAAGGAAAUAAACCUGUUGAUGUUUGCUCUCUCCAGAAGGAAAACCUGCAAUAUAACUUAUUUAUCAUGUUGGGAGGGGGAAGCCUUAUUCAUUCCAAACAUGAGAAUAUAAAAUUCAGGGAACUUCGAGCUAUGUCUGCACACACAUAGAUGAUUUUACUUAAUUCCAGUAAUUUUUUUUAAGCCCACCAAAAAAACUGGUUGAAUUCAAGCGACCAGGUUUUAUUUUUGUUGAUGUUGUUAUUGCGUGAUUCCCAAAUGACCACUCUGAAUACGGUUUUUUUCAAACUUUUCAACCAGUUGUUUUAGAUGUAGACACAGCCCCCAGUUAUGUCACCAUUUUAUUUUAAGUACUUCCCAUCAUAAUGUCUUUUGAAAAAUAAUCAAUUAACCUAUUUGCUGAAACCAAAGAGAAUUUUCAUACCAGCAUUGAAUUUGCACCCAAUAUGCAAUUUCAGGACCUAGAGAUAUAUUUUCACAUAAACAGAUGCACAAACUACAACCUGAAAAAUAAUUUUUUACUUACCUGUUAUGCAUAUUUAAGACCUUUAAUUUUUAGAAGCCCCACCUCUUCACAAGCAAUAUGCUAAUCACCUCAUAGUCACAGGCUUCAUCUUCCUUACCGCCUAAAUGUCACAUGAUGACAAAAGGAAUGUCACCAUUUCUGCUUAGUGUAGCAUUAUUUUAUGUCUCAGGAUUUCAACCUAAUACAUUGAUCAAAGCAAGCAACAUGACGUUAGUUCACUCAAGUUCUGAUCAUUUCUUACCCUAAGUAAAAUUCAACUAAAAAACAAAUCUUCAUAUUUUGUUGGUUUCCACACUGUACUCCAAAUAAUCUUUAACUUUUUUUUUUGGUGAAACUGAAGUUAGUCUGAUUUCAUCCAUCAAUCAUCCAGGUCCUAUCACCACAGGAAAUAUUUCCUGAAAGGAGCUAAGCAGGAGGGUGGGAGUAAUGAUGGUAUGGGGAAGGAAGCAGGUACCAAAGAAUAGGAGGCAAAGCUUUAAUCAGAGUUCAGGUAAAAUAAUUCUGGAUGUCAGGGAUUCAAUCUCAGAAUGCAGCUGGAAUAGACCCUAAAGACCAAAGAAAGGGUGUGGUGGAAUCCAGAAAUUCUAACUGACCCAUGUCAUUCACUGCACCCAACCAAGAGCACUGUGAUUCCUUUGCCAGAAAAAAAAGAAAAAAACUGUGUUACUUUGGGACUCUUCCCACUCCCAACGCUAUCCCAGGUGUCUUCACAGAUUAAAUGCAAACCGUACUAUACCAAAGAGUUCUAGGACACUUCUCACGUGAAUUGUAAAGGCAUUUUUCCCUGGAAAGGUCCUCCCUUUGUACAUAAAGGAUGAAAACUAUGCAUUUAGCAAACAAAGAGAAAGCACUUCUCCCUUUUCUAUCAAGCCAAGUUUAGGGUGCAUUCAAAGGCCAGAGGCUAUUUUGAGACUUGUUGGGCCUUCUGGGUUAUUAUUGUGGUGUGGUUAGCUUUAUAAUACAUCUGGUAACUAUUUCCUAAAUAUGAAGGACAAAGAAGCAAAAGGUAAGAAAUAGCUACUUCCACAAAUGUAAAAAAUAAAUGUGUAAAAAUCUACUAUUUAUAGUGUGAACCAAAGACGCUACCUCACUCGAUUUCCACUGGUGAUUUUAAUCACAUUGAUGAUACCAAAGAAUACCAAAGAUUUUUUCAUGCACGGCCUUGGUCUGCAAAGGGGACUCAGCCCCUUUCCCUUCCCCCACCUCUUUUCCCCUUUCUCAAUCUUCACUCAGUGUAUAAACUUGUCUUCAUUAUUGAUAAUAAUAAUGGUAAUAAUAAUAAUAAUAAUAAAUAAUGACAUUAGGAAAUACUACUCUUACUACUGCUAAUACUACUUAAUAAAUCUUUAGGCAAACACGUUGCAAACUUUGUAAACUCAUAGGACGAGUGCCUUGCUUGAACCAAAGUGUUAAACCGCUGUUGACCUCUCUCACCUUAUACUCUUUGAAUACCUCAGCCUCUUAGAAAGGCCACUAAUGGAAAAAAAAAAAAAGGAAUAAUUAUUCACCGUGGUGCUUUUUCCGUGCAACCAUGCAAUGAAACUUUCUUUGAUACCAAAGGAAAACUUUUUUUUUCCACUUUCUUGCUGAUGAACCAAAGCUCCUUCUCCUCUCUCCCCUCCCACCACAGUUUGAGUCCCUCCACCAGGCAGGCCGUGCAUCACUUUUACCAAUUUCUUCCAAAUACCUCAUAGUAAUGAAGCUUUAGGGUCAUGUUGUAUAGAGAGUCUAUGUGAUAAGGCAAAACUUACUAGUUUGAUAAUUGUUAAGAUUACUUAAAAAUCUUUAUAAUUCUUAUUUAUUUUGUAGUAUGUAUCACUGAAGAUUUGUUCCCUUCAGUUUGGGGUUGGUUGGGUUUUGUUUUGUUUUGCUUUUUGGUUGGCAGAACUGCCCUAGGAUGCUCAAGGAAGACUUUUAAUUUCUGGAAAUGUUCCCCAGGUGGGUUAAAGAUUGUGUAAAAAUGCAAGAAAGAAACAAAAAAAUGACUUUCAUUUCAAUAGUUACUUAAGAAAUUUUGUGUUCAGUAGUUGAUUUUUUCACAGGGUAAAAAAAAAAUUAUCUUUUUUGUGACACUGGGCUCUUCCUGUUUUUUCCUCUAUAAUGUGCUGUGAUUUUUUAAUUUAAUUACAUUUUGUAUAAGCUUAUUUAAUCACUACUUUAAUUUAUGACUGUGUCGUUUUUUAAAAAAAUGUAUAUAGUAGAUUUGAAAUGGCCAAAGCUUUAUGUUACAAUCUUUUUUGUUCUUUAUGCUAAGAUAAGCUGAAGGAGAGAGCUUCUCUUAACUGCAGGGUGUAUCUUUAGCCUUGUCUUAGCGGGCACUUCAGUGUGUGUUGUAAACACUGCCAGGUUUCCCCCGUCCCCCCUUCAAAAAACUUGUACAUGCCAAAAUGAGUGUUUUCGAGAUCGUCCUUUUUGUCACUUAGAAAGAAGAAAAGCAUUAUUCGUGUGUUUUUUCUUUAUUUAUUUGUCUUUUUAAAGAAAAGAUUACUUUGCAGGUAAGACCUGCAUUUCCAAAGAAUUUAAAACUUGUUUGAUGUUUAAAAGCACCGGCAUUUGUGAGAUACUUUGCUGACUUUUUAAAAAAUUUACCAUUCGCACGGGUAUGGGAAAGGAAAGAGUUGUAAAAACUCUAGAAACAAGCUAACUUGAAUUUGGAAAUAUCUCUGAGUUUUACCAAGCUUCGGAAGGGCUUCAAAGGCUGGAGGGAACAUUUCCACUUCUAUAUGUAUAAUGUCAUGGCUCAGGGCCUCCAAAGAGAAAGUCACUACUAAUGACAGAUGACUGAGCCAACGCUAUUUCUGAGGCAACACUUAUGAGAAAAAAGGAGACUCUCAGAACAUGAUUUCUCAGUCCCAGAUGCAAAUUUUAUUUUUAAAAAAGGAAAAAUUUUUUCCCAUAUCUGUUCCUAUCUAGCCUGUUACCCUUAAUCUUCCAAACAUCCUCUUCCCCCCCAACCCCCCUCACCACCCCAUCUCCCCAACUACCAAAUUGGAAUAGUUUCAGAGGCCCUGCAUAGAAGGAAUAAUGACUUCCCCAAAUUAAGUUUGUCCUUCCCCAUACUUCGUCCUCCCACCAUUUUCUUUUUCCAAACUAGAAGCAACAAACUGCAACCAGACCCCAUUGAUAUUUAUCAGAUGCUUGCCACUGUUUUGGGCUACAUCAGCCCAAUAAAUACAGAUAUACACACACACACACAGAGUAUGUUCAUACAUGCACACAGUGUGGGUAUAUAUAUAUAUAU